GUGAGGUCACGCGAAAAAACAUUACGUCGUCAAAAUAAUUAUUACGUUUCCUUUUUUCUUUUUUUCUUUUAAUCGAAUGUCGAUACAAUGGGCAGCUUGGGUGUCUGCGUCUCUCUCAACAGAUUCAGCAGAUGUUGACAACCGGGGUGAUAUUCUCUUGGGGUACCAAAAUUUGGGUGGGAGAAUCAUUGUUAUGGCGCUGAACACUCUUCUAACUUGCACUCCCUUGCCUCAUGGGUUUGGACAACUACUUGUUGCUGGAGCAUUUAACCAGGGCGUUUGCGGCCGAUGGAACUGGCUUGGGUGUCUGCGUCUCUCUCAACAGAUUCAGCAGAUGUUGACAACCGGGGUGAUAUUCUCUUGGGGUACCAAAAUUUGGGCGGGAGAAUCAUUGUUAUGGCGCCAGACCAUUCUGCUGACUUGCACUCCCUUGCCUCAUGGGUUUGGACAACUACUUGUUGCUGGAGCAUUUAACCAGGGCGUUUGCGGCCGAUUUUCUUAUGAAUAUGCAAGAUCAGACUUUUUUCCUGAGGAUGUUGGCUCUGUUAAAAAAGGUUCAGAUAAAAUUGUGAAAAGGAUUUACUUGUAGUUGUACAAUCUUUGUGAUCAAUUACCUAAAACAAGACGCUUGGGACUAUGUAGCAAAGCAAAGUCAAGCGAAAAAUAUUCAGCGAUGUUGAAACGCUUAGUUCAAGAAUCAUAGAAAAAAGUGAGGCGAUUUCGUUUCAAUACUUGCAACAAUUUAUUCAAAAUUCUGUUAAUCAGUUGGAUAACUGCCUUAAUCAAGAUUAUAUCUCGGGGCUUCCUUGGACUCGAUCAAAGAGCUGACCAUGCUAGUUUUAUAUUCUGACCAUUCCCAAAAGACCAAUCCAUACAUUUUUAAAGGUCGAUCACCUUUUUCAAUAAAAAAAAAAGUUUACUAGUAGCAAUGGAAC